AUGUAUCUAUUAUCUUAUAUUGUUCACAUCUGUCUCUAUCUAUCUAUCUAUCUAUCUAUCUAUCUAUCUAUCUAUCUAUCUAUCUAUAUAUAUAUGCAUCUAUCUUAUUCUGUUCAUAUCUAUCUAUCUAUCUAUCUAUCUAUCUAUCUAUCUAUUCAUUCAUCUAUCUCAAUAUGUUCAUUCAUCUAUAUCUAUCUAUCUAUCUAUCUAUCUAUUCAUCUAUCUAUCUCAGUCUCUUCAUAUCUAUUCAUCUAUCUAUCUAUCUAUUCAUCUAUUCAUCUAUCUAUCUAUCUAUCUAUCUAUUCCUGUCUGUGUUCAUAUCUAUCUAUCUAUCUAUCUAUCUAUCUAUCUAUCUAUCUAUCUAUCAUAUUCUGUUUAGAUCUACAUAUCUAUCUUAUGAUACUGUCGCCAAACGAAGAACCCACAUGCCAAUUUCUUACUGUUGUUUCUGGAUACGUCGCCAAAACCUUGGCUUCUUUCUUCUCCGUCUCCACUUCACCGAGAAAGAAACGAGGAACGUCAGAGAGGAUUUUGAUCACCAUCCCUCGUCGUCCGACUGUCUACAUCGCUGGCAUCCUUCCAGGAAGAACUUUUUCAAUGUGGCACCAACACAUUCUAGAAUCUCUAUCACCAAAUGUGACAUCAUGUGGUUUUGCUUGGCGCCUAUUAACCGUGUCCCGUAAGCACUGGGCAGCAACAAUGCCCGGUUUGCCAAAUUCUUGGGCCAAAAUCAAAGUUUCAGUCUUUGAGUGCCGACUCAGGGCCACCGCUGACCGGGUCACUUGGAGUACAACUUACACUCCUUGGGAAAAGUUUCACGUAGAGAAAAGUACCACUGUUUGCCGUCGAACCGUUUGCAUCGUGCUGGAUUGUGGUACCCACAGCUGGUGGGUUUCAAACUCAGUGGCAGGCAAUUUGUGUCUCGCCGAUAAGAACAUCCUUAACAAAUUUUUCAUGUGUUUUCUUUUUUUUCUUUUCUUUCUUUCCUCCUCCUUUUCUCUUUCUAUUCUCCAUUAUUCGUCGUUAUGA